AUGGAAAAUAGUGAUAAAAGCAACAACGAAAACAACAAUACUGUUGCUCAAGAAAAAGAACAACAACAAUCUCUUGUUGUUUCAACCGCGGUUCAUAAUAAUAAUAACAUCAUUUUACCUACAAUCCUUGAAAAUGACGAUAACGAAAAUCUGUUAACCACUAUUGUUCAAUCACCAACUGAAUUACUUCCUCCUCAAAAAACUCUUACAACCACCAUAAUAGAAUACAGAAAUAGUUCUAAUAAUUUAUCACCUAAUAUCUCCUCUCAUACAGUAAUAGCAACACUUUUAACUACAUCACAUCCUAAUAGUAGAUCAAAUAGUCCAAGCAGUAAUAAUAAUAAUCAUAGUAGUAGUAUAUUGCCCUCUACUUCACACUCACCAAAUAUACCUGAUAAUAAUAGACUUUCUACACAUGAUAAUGUUUCACCAACUUCAUCACAAGGAUCACUUACACCUUCAAAUACUAGAAGCAGAUCAAAUACACCAGACAUUAAUCAUAAUAAUAAUUCUAAUCAUGGUAAUGGUAGUAGUGGCACAGCACCCAUUAUAAGUAAAGUUAGCCAAUCGUUACAAACAAAUGAUGACUUGCCUGAAAUGAAACCUAUCAAAGAACCACUUACAAGCAGUAAUUUUAUUCACAUAGGAAUUCCAGCAGAAAUUAAUUUUCCAAGUGCAAACAUUAAAGAAACAAUUGUUGGGGUAUUUCAUAUUUUUAAUCCUAAAGAUAAUCCGGUAUCAUGGAGCCUUAAACCAGCUUCAGUUGCCACAUUUCGGCGAUUGGGGACAUCAACAACAGCAGCAAUCAAAUUAGAUGAAGAAGUUUUUUCAGUCAGGAGACCAUCAGGAUACUUGAAAGCAAAAAAUGCAGUAAGGGUAGAUGUUCAUUUUCUUCCAACAGGUGUUGGUACAUAUAUGCAAACAUUUGUUUUGGAGGAUGCAGCAGAUGGUGAAGCAACAAGUGCAGUCGGAAUGAAAUUUCAAGGAAUUGCAACAGAGAAUACAUUCAGCACACUUCUACAAAAAAAAAGGUUACCAAGAAAAGAGUUGAAAUUUGAAGUUGAAGGAACAGAGUUGAAAAUGCCACCAACCAGAAUAGGAAGGCAGAGAACAAUGGGAAUAAAAAUCAUAAAUGUAUCAAAAGAAUCAAUAAGACUUAAUUGUAAAUGUGAAACUAUAUCUGGACCUGGAGGAAAAUUUGUUUUAUCAAUUGCUAUGAAUACCGUAAUAGUAAAAGCUGAUGGGUUUGCAGUAAUUCUUGUACGUUUCCAACCAAAAACAUCUGGAGAAGUUAAAGGUGUAGUGACAAUACAAUCACUUGGAAGUGCAGAGGUUAAGGUGGAUGUUAUUGCAAAAGGAAUCAGAGAAA